AUGGGAGGAACUAAUAAACUCGGGUUAAAUAGAAUAAAGAAGGAAUACAUUGCAAUACAAAAAGAUAAGACAUUGACUAACCUUUUAAUUGAGCCAAAUCCAAAGAACUUAUACGAAUGGCAUUUUGUAAUCUAUGAUCUUGAAGACUGACCCUAUGAAGGAGGAUUUUAUCAUGGAAAACUGAUUUUACCUCCAGAGUAUCCUGUCAAACCCCCUGGGAUUAUGAUGAUGACUCCAAAUGGGAGGUUCAAGACCAAUACUAGGAUUUGUCUCUCUAUGUCAGACUUCCACCCUGAGACGUGGUCUCCAUCAUGGAGCAUCUCAAAAGUAUUGAUAGGAUUGGUAAGCUUUAUGACCACAGACGAGCUAACAACAGGAUGAGAGAGGAAGAGUGACGAGGAACGUAGAAGACUCGCUGCCAGCUCCAUUGCAUACAACAUGAACACUAGCAUCUUCGUCAAGCUAUUCGAGCCCCAUUUCAGUAAGAUUGAGAUCAGCAAAGAGAGAAUAAAAAGAAGCGAAGUUGAGAAGGAAAUAUAUGAGGGAGAAAUCAAAGAGACAGAAAAGAAAACCGGCUGGGGAUUAACACUUGUUAUACUUUGUGUUAUUGGAGUAUUAAUAUUCCAAAAAUUUAGCUAA